AUGGUGCAGGCCAAUGAGGAAGUGAUGUCCCGCCCCUCUGAGUGCGACUCACGGCCCUCCACUAGUGGCUCUGGUCCGUAUGUCCACAAUAAGGUGGCGGUCAGCAAUAGGUGGCCCGGGGGGGCACGGCCCAAGAUCUUCAAUCACAGGUCCUUCAGCUCAGGAUCGCGACCCUCAGUGCUGUCACGGGCGUCAGGAUCUCUGCGGUCAGUGUCACGCCCGGGAUCUCGGACUGGCUCGGGUCUCGGUUCGCGGGGCUCACUGCUCUCAGGCUCGGUGGGCACAGCAGAGGAGGUGGGCUCAGGAGUGUCCAGACUACGGAGGGAGUUGCCUUCCAUAUCCGACAUCUGCGGGUAUGACGAGGUGCAGGAAUUGCUGCGAGAUAUUGAGCAGCUCGAGUGCCGGAGAUGGACGUCCGACUGGGAUUCCUUUACCAUCCAGUCCUCGCAUCCAGAUCUAGACAUCCCACACGACCUCGAUCUUCUCUCACACGACUUCGAAACCAUUUCACGGUGCGACUCCCGCCUCUCGUGGGACUCGCACGCCGGCCGACAGCCCGAGGACGAGGAGGAGGACCCAGACCCCAGCCCCGGGGACAACUCGCCCGAGCCUCCCAGGAACCGUCGUCCAACGCCCACUGUUACGAUAGCAUGGGAUGACUCUCACCUCAAGACCUCAGUUGGCAUUUUUAGACUAUUAUUAGUAGUUGUCUCAGUAAUAACAAUGACGUGUGCAUGUACAGUGGGCACAGCUCGCCUGAGUAUUUUUGUGUUGCCUGGUGCAUGGCGGCUGCGGGUAGUGGUGUUCACUGCCGUUUUCACCAUCCUCACCACCACCAUUCUCCUGCUGCUACACCUCUCCUCCCUCGUGCACUCACUCACACUGCGUUGGGACAAGUUGGUUACAGUCAUUUAUGUGUUUGUAUGUGUGUGUUACUUGGUAUCGGCUUCGUUGCUGCUGCAUUUGCUGCAUCUCUACCAUACCACAUAUCCAUGGAUCCCAGCAUGGACCAAACAGCAACUACUAACAACAUCGCUUUGUGGCUGUGCAUGCGGGGUGGUGUCCCUGGUACUGGCGGUAAUCUCAGGGUGUGGGUGGCCUCGCUACGGCCGCGUGCUCAGUGAGGGCUCAACUACAGACACCACGUCCUCCCACCACCUUCAUACUCUCCACCACAUUAAUCCCCAUGCACUAGCGGGGCCAGCAGCUGGUGUGCUACCCUCCAGAGGGCUGCGGCAGGGGUCCGGGACCUCCUUGGGCCCGGGCAGUUAUCAAGGGCCCCAUGCCACUACAGCCUUCACCCCGGACAGCCUAAACGACCCGCAGCCGGGACCCUCCAAAGCUCUGCCACACAACCACACUCCUGCACGCCCUCAAGCCCUGCAUGGUCUUACUCAACAGCACGGGGUUUAG